AUGCUCUAUGACAGAUCCCACGGCCAAACGACACAAGUCUAUGGUGAUAAUGCUAUUCCAUUCGAGCACGGACGUUCUCGCAAAAUCCUGGUGCAGGAAAAACUGAACACUGUGGUCGGUAUAGGCGGUGUGGGAAAAGACCUCGUCGUAUUCGAGCUGGAGUGGCAGCCAAAUGCAGCUGAGACGAUGGAGAGGACGAAAAGUUCGUCGGAAAAUUUGCCAGGCGGCUACGCUGAGAACCCUCGCCUAGCCCGGACCGUGGAUGAUUCAGAAACCGUCUUGCCGUCCCGUAGGGAGACGCGAACGCACACGCCAGGCCACUUGCAACCGAAGAUAGGAGACGCAAACGCACACGCUAGGCCACUUGUAACCGAAGAUAAGACAUAA